AUGAUCUCGAUUGAUCGAUUUGAGUUGAGUUGAGUUGAGCCGGAGUGACUUCACCUCGACCCACCUUACCUUUUUUCUGCCCAAUCCCAAUCCCAAUCCCAAUCCCAAUAAUUGAGAAGUUAUAUAACGGAGUAGCAAUAUAAAAUACAAGAGCCAGCCAGCCAGUCGCAUACGGCUCUCCUCUCCUCAACACGGUUUUCUCUGUCAGUCAGUCAGUCUGUCUUGGGGGAGAAUGGCGCUGACUUCACCGGCCAAGGCCUGCCCCUUGAUUAUCAUCCUAUUUCUGCUCGCGAUCUCCUCCCUUCUUCAGCUUCAGGCCUUUACAGGAAAUCCACUUCGUUUGCUUAGAUUGAAUGACAAAAUUCUCCAGGAAUCCACUAUUAAAUUGAUUAAUGAUAAUGCUCAAGCUGGGUGGAAAGCUUCUAUGAACCCUCGAUUUGCCAACUAUUCUGUUGGCCAAUUUAUGCGCCUUCUUGGAGCUAGACCAACGCCAAAGGGUGGUUUAGAAGGAGUUCCUGUUGUUGCUCAUAAAAAAGGUCUGAAGUUGCCAAAAACAUUUGAUGCAAGAACAUCUUGGCCACAAUGCACCACAAUAGGAAACAUUCUUGGUCAGUUUCAUUGCGGUUCUUGUUGGGCUUUUGGUGCCGUUGAAGCUCUAUCUGAUCGCUUCUGCAUUCAUUUUGGCAUGAACAUUUCUCUCUCAGUCAAUGACCUAUUAGCAUGCUGUGGCUUUUUGUGUGGCGAUGGUUGUGAUGGUGGCUACCCCAUAUCUGCAUGGCAAUACUUUGUUAGUUCAGGUGUCGUGACUGAGGAGUGUGAUCCAUACUUUGACAAUAGUGGAUGCUCACAUCCGGGUUGUGAGCCAGCAUACCCCACCCCUAAAUGUGAGAAAAGAUGCCAAAAGCAAAACCUGCUCUGGAAAGAAUCAAAGCACUACAGCGUCAAUGCAUAUAGAAUCAAUUCUGAUCCUUACAGUAUAAUGGCAGAAAUUUUCAUGAAUGGUCCAGUUGAGGUCUCCUUCACUGUGUAUGAGGAUUUUGCUCAUUAUAAAUCGGGAGUUUACAAACACGUAACAGGUGAUGAAAUGGGAGGGCAUGCCGUGAAGCUGAUAGGCUGGGGAACUACUGAAGAAGGGGAGGCCUACUGGCUGUUAGCAAAUCAGUGGAAUAGAAGCUGGGGCGAUGAUGGAUACUUCAAGAUCAGAAGAGGGACAAACGAAUGCGGGAUUGAAAGUGAUGUGGUUGCGGGAUUGCCUUCUUCAAGAAAUUUGAUCAUCAAGUAUGGGCGUAUGGAUGAUGUUGUGGCCGCCGCCUCAGUCUGAGAUCAUCAGGAUAAGGAUAAGGAUAGGGGUGUCGGGUCAUCUAUGUAUACAUGAUGAUAUAUGAGUGAAGGAACAGAUGAACUUGAAUGCAUAAUCUAGUUCUCAUAAAUCAUAAUGAUUACAAUAACUAAUAGCAACAAUAUAAAUUUGUGCGGGGCAUGGCAUGGCAUGAAAUGGAUGAGUGGAAUAGAUAGCAGCAAAGCCUCAUCUUUAUUGGGAAGGGAUGUAAGCAGCAAUACUAGUGUUUAUAUAUGAAUAUAUGAUUGAUACUCCA